ACCUCCUCAGAUGAUAAUAUAAACAUAUUAACUCUCUCCAAGACACUCUCCUUUUAUUAUCCUCUUGCCGGCAGACUCGCCAAUGACAAAUUCACGGUCGAUUGCAAUGACAGCGGGAUCAUCUUCGUCGAAGCUCAAGCCAACAUCACACUAGAGGACUUCCUUCAAGCCCCAAAUCGUGUCGAAACAGUCUCCCAAUCCCUACCCUCUAUUAACGCCUUGGAGCUCGUCCCACUAGCAAUACAGAUGAGCACAUUUGACUGCGGAGGGUUUACCGCAACCUCUCUUUUUCCUCCCUGUAGCUGGGCUACUCCGAGGUGUUCGAAGCCUUUAACAGCUCGGCCUCUUAGUGGAGGUGAUCACGAGGAAGAUGACAGUGGUUGUGCAGCAAGAGCGCUUAUUUUUACUCCGAAAGCUAUAACUGAAUUACAGGAUAUUGCUAGGAGUGAGCUUGUUCCCGUUCCAACUUGGAUUGAGGCUCUUUCUGGCUUCAUUUGGAAGCAUGAAAUGACCGCGGCUACUGCUGCUGCUGCUGCCAAGUCGGAGGUUGAGGUAUCUGGUUCUUCAGUGCUGAUCCAUACAGUGAACAUGCGUCCACGUAUCAAUCCACCAAUACCCCCAACCAGUCAUAGGAAAUCUGAUCAUUCAUGCCACUGCAUUCUUCCAGUCAGCUGA